CCAGUCUUCCCUCUUCCGGCCUUUUCCUUUUCUCCCUCCACGCCCUCCUCUCUCUACACUUUCUCCCCGUAAACCAUCUCCUUCCAGAUCGCCCAUCAUGCGAAUCCGAUACCCUUUCGCGGGCGCCUUUCUUUUCCUCCUCAUCCUCGCCGCCUACAUCGGUCUCCUCCCGCACAGCACAUCAUCCACUCUUCCGUCCCAACUCCAACCCAAUGACAAGUUCCUCCAUGUCGUCACCUUCUUCCUCCUCUCCCUCGUCUUCUACUGGAUCUUCGACACCACCCGUCGUCGCACCCUCCACCUAACCCUCAUCGUCUGCACUCUCGUCCUCGGCAUCGGCUCCGAAAUCAUCCAAGGUCUCCUCCCCAACGGCAGGUCCUUCGAUUUCUUUGACCUCCUCGCCAACAUUGUCGGCAGUCUCGGCGCCGUCGGCCUUUGCGGCUGGUACCACCGGCGCAUGCUUGACCGGCGACGCAAGGCGCGCUUCGGCUCCCUGGGCGGCGACGGCACAGAGAAUGAUGUCGAGCUCGGAGUGACGGGCCACCACAGCGACGAGGAGGAGGGUCUUGGACCCCAGGAGACAGGUGUUAUGAGUCUAGAGCAGGAGGUAGAUAACUGGGAUGAGAAUGCUGUUGAUAAUUGGGAUGAGGAGGACGAGUCUGGAGAUUUGGCCGUCGAUACCUCCAAGAGGACGUCGCCCGCUGAAGAUGGGAAGAAGCGGAGUGAUUAAGUCGCAAUCUAGCUAGCUAGCUAGCUAGCUAGAUCUAUGGCUCUUGCGCCUUAGCUAGCUAUCUACUACCCAUCUAUCAUGCCUUCCACGUCUCUUGGACUGUGAACUCCGCUUCAUCCAGCAGAAUGGCAUCGCUGCCCACCAUGUGAUUGCGACGUAUACGCUCACUCGGCGUUGA